UCGAUUGGCUGACGCUCUGACGAGUCCACAACGUUCUAGCAUCGCUCUAUGGCGUCCACAACACUGAACGUAGCGAUCCCAAGUCCCAUAGGCUACAGAAAAAGGCCUUUGAUAGUUGAAGGCCGUGUUUUGAGUUGUUUAUUAAAGCUCUGAAUAUGGAGAACACUGUGUGCGAACAGUUUCAUCUCAUAGGUCCUUCUCGUGACGCAUAAUUUAUGGGCUCGCUGGGUCGUGAGGAAGAUUAAAGAGAAUCUUGAGGACUCCAGCUUGAUCGAUGCACAAACUGGAUAAUCAAAUCGCGUGUAUAACUGAACGGAAUUAGAGGAUGGCUGGAAUUGGGAACAGUUCAACAUCUGGAAUGGGUGACAUCAUCCAGCUGAAUGUCGGAGGAACGAGAUUUAGCACAUCAAGGCAGACUCUGACAUGGAUUCCUGACUCUUUCUUCUCAAGUUUACUUAGUGGAAGAAUAUCAUCACUACGGGAUGAAACUGGAGCUAUAUUUAUUGACAGAGACCCAACAGCAUUUGCACCCAUUUUAAACUUUCUUCGAACUAAAGAAUUGGACUUGAGGGGGGUUAACAUAAGUAUCUUGCGACAUGAAGCCGAGUUCUAUGGUAUUACACCCUUAGUCCGACGCUUACUGCUUUGUGAAGAACUGGAGCGAUCGUCAUGUGGAAGUGUGUUGUUUCAUGGCUACCUUCCUCCACCAGCUCUCCCAGCGCGGAGUAGUGCCGGAGGGCAGGGUGCAGCUGUUGCAGGUCCAGAGGAGUGCUCAGGCCCCAGUGGCGCAGAGGGGGGUUACCCUCGUUCUUGCCCUCAGUCUUCCCUCCCUGGACCAUCUCGGGCAGAUGGACCUCAAAGACUGGGAUCACCAGUGGACCCUAGGAAGGUGCUGAUUGUCGCUGGCCAUCAUAACUGGAUUGUAGCUGCUUAUGCACAUUUUGUCAUUUGCUACAGGAUAAAGGAAUCAUCCGGCUGGCAGCAGGUGUUUUCCAGCCCUUACCUGAACUGGGCCAUCGAGCGGGUGGCCCUCAAUGCAAAAGUUGUAGGCGGCCCACAUGGAGAUAAAGACAAGAUGGUGGCAGCAUCAUCAGAGAGCAGCAUUAUAUUGUGGAGUAUCCAGGAUGGAGGGAGUGGAAGUGAAAUAGGUGUGUUCAGUCUUGGAGUACCAGUUGACUCUCUGUUCUUCAUUGGGAGUCAGCUGGUCGCCACCAGUCACACGGGGAAGGUAGGAGUGUGGAACGCUGUCACCCAGCACUGGCAGGUGCAGGAUGUAGUGCCCAUCACGAGCUGCGACACUGCUGGCUCCUUCCUCUUGCUGGGCUGUAACAACGGCUCCAUUUACUAUAUUGACAUGCAGAAGUUUCCGCUGAGAAUGAAGGACAAUGACUUGUUGGUGACCGAGCUGUACCACGACCCAUCGAACGAUGCCAUCACGGCCCUCAGUGUCUACCUGACUCCUAAAACCAGUGUGAGUGGGAACUGGAUUGAGAUAGCCUAUGGAACCAGCUCAGGGGCCGUGCGUGUCAUUGUGCAGCAUCCAGAGACCGUUGGAUCUGGUCCACAGCUCUUCCAGACCUUCACUGUCCACCGCAGCCCCGUCACUAAGAUUAUGCUUUCUGAAAAGCACUUAGUUUCAGUGUGUGCUGACAAUAAUCAUGUACGUACAUGGACGGUGACGCGCUUCAGAGGCAUGAUCUCCACUCAGCCAGGAUCUACUCCGCUGGCCUCCUUUAAGAUCAUCUCACUGGAGGAGACAGAGAGCCACAGCAGCUAUUCCUCCGGCAAUGACAUUGGUCCAUUUGGAGAGAGAGAUGACCAACAGGUGUUCAUUCAGAAAGUCAUUCCUAUUACUAACAAACUCUUUGUUCGUCUCUCCUCUACGGGAAAAAGGAUCUGUGAGGUGCAGGCUGUAGAUGGCACCACCAUCACGUGUUUUACAGUGCGAGAGUGUGAAGGCUCGAGCCGCAUGGGCUCCAGACCCCGCCGUUACCUCUUCACUGGCCAUGCAAAUGGGAGCAUUCAGAUGUGGGACCUCACCACCGCCAUGGACACGGUCAACAAGAGUGAUGACAAAGCCAAGCGGGAACCAGAGGUGGGAGGUCCAACUGAGGAGGAGUUGCUGAAGCUGCUUGACCAAUGUGAUUUGAGCACAUCUCGCUGUGCCACGCCCAACAUCAGCCCCGCCCCCUCCGUGCUGCAGCACAGCCGGCUGCGAGAGUCCUGCUCCAGUCUUCAGCUGCAGGCUCAGGAGCCCAUCCCUGAGAUGGCCACCUAUGGAGCCUUGCGGCCGUACCGAGAAAGCCCCUUGCUGGCCCGCGCUCGACGCACAGAGAGCUUCCACAGCUACAGAGACUUCCACAGCUUAAACCUGACCAAGGCCCUGCUGGAGAACCACGGACAGUGCGGAUCCAUGGAGGACGAGAUGCGUCAAUCAGCGGGAGAGAACAACGCUGAGGACCCCGACAAAAGGAACUCUACCAUGGAUCUCUGGGGGUCCAGAUCAUCUGAAACCCAGUCUGCAGCCCCACGCAAAUCCCCAGACAGCCCUGGAGACCAGCAGCGAAGGGCCCAUAUGAUGGAGGAAGGGACUGCAGACUCUAGACCGGAUGGAGGCAGGAGGAGGGGGGCAUUUGAAGCUAAUUUUCUAAGCAGGAAAAAGGCCCCUUCGGUUCCACAGCUGAGUCCCCCACCUGCAGGAGCUGAUGGAGGGGGAAGCGACUCGUCCAGCACCGCCUCACCCUCGCCAACUAAAGUGUCCACAUCUCCACGCCAUCGCAAGGCUCCUGAUGCAGCAUGUGAGUGAUGGUUUACACAGAUUUGUCAUAUACAAAGGAAGUACCAAAUACAAUAA